AUGUCUCCUUCUCCUUGGUCCUCCUGGCACGCUGGACCCGCCUUACAUUCAAGACUUUUAUCUCGACAAUUAGUGUGCCUUAUUACCUAUUCGUCACCCACCCGUACACAACAAACUUUGACAGGUGUUCCUAAGCAAAAAGCAGCAACAAUAAUUCCUGUAGGGACGAGAAUUAUUGGCGGGUCUGGCAGUCAAUACGUUAUUGAUCGGCUUCUCCAGGAAAAAGAAACUCCAGACAUCCGCGUUUACCUAGUUAACAAUGGAACGAGGAAGUUCAUAAUAAAAAACGUCUAUGAUUUCGAUUACUAUCGCAACAUUUACCGUCGCCUUUCGGGCUCGCAUUGUCUUCGCUUGUUGCAUGAUACCGUGCCAAACCAGUCAAUGUUCAUUUACGAGUACCUUACUGAUCAUCUUCUCAAUGUGGCCAAAAAAAAUAUCCCUAUUAUAGCUACAAAACGAAUCCUUAGAGAUGCCUUACACAUCAAAGCAAAUAAUAUUAUGAUUGACUGGAAAGAAGAGAAUGGAGAAGUAGUUAUCACCCGGGUACAACUAGCUGAUAUCGAGGAUAGUGCAAUCAUACCCCCUAAUUGUGAUAUACUCGGAAAGGCUGUAGGAAACUGGAUGUGGCGCAGCCCAGAAGCCCAUGUAGAGGCCCGUGUAAAUAAGCCCUCUGACAUAUUCUCCUUUGGAAUCGUGUGCAUUUGCGCAGUCUUGAAGUAUGUUAUUUUCGCUGUUGAUGCAAAGGAACUUCCGGAGGGCGUGGACAUUCAUGCAAUUGUUCUCCAGCGUCAACUGUCUUACUUUGGGAAUGAUGAGUCUGUCAAUGCAUUUUUAAAGCAUAUUGGCGACAAAAGUCCUUGGUGCACGGUCAUUAAUAUUCUUUGGAAUGGAUUUGACGAGACCACUCCUCGUGAACCGUUUGCGUUAUGGAAGGAUGUGGAUCCAAUAUUUAAAGACCUGAUUUCUGGGUUAACAGAUAUUGAUCCAAAAAGGAGGCUUACUGCUCAAGCGGCUUUAGAUCAUCCAUGGUUUCAGGGAGCCGAUGGUUAA